CAUUGUGUGUAUCUCGUCUGUGGUUCUGUUUGGCACUGUUUGAAUUUGAAUUGAGUGUGGCAGAAUUCUUUUGUGCGGAGAAAAGCUUAUUUAGCAUAUGUUGAAAAAAUGAAGAAAUUUACCAAUUACAGGAGGAUUGUUCAAGUAUCUGACUCUGAAAGUGAUGAUGAUAUUGUCAGUACUUCACCAACUAUGGAGUCAAGUAUCAGAACCAAUUCACUGUGCCGAAGCAGAAUCUUUUGCAUCCCCAGAAAGGUGGCACAAAGUCCUAAGACUGAAAGUGUGCCAGAGCAUCCAUUGUCCACCGUAAUAGAUGACUCUGACUUUCUUGAUGCUUCUGAUGAUAAUGACAUAUUUAAUUCAACAAAAUGUUCCACCAGUGAGAAUUGUAUAUCAGAUAAUGAGACAUGUGAAAGGAAAGUACAAAAUAAUUUGGAAGAUUCACUUAGUGUUUCAAAUAAUAAUGCCUCUUGCAACGAAACUGAUCUUGUGAAUAAUAUUUCAGAUAGUGAGGACUCUGAAUUGGCAGUAUCGAGUAAUUUGAAGGAUUCAUUUGAGGUUGAAUCCAGUAAUAAUGUCUCUUGUGAUGUGAUUGAUGUGUCUUCAGACUCCAGUGAUGAUUUUGUGGAUGCUAAAAGUGAGCCAGUUGUGUGUGCUCCUACAUCAGGGCAUAAAGAUAAUGGUGAUAUAAACCUCAUUGCCUCACCAGUUUCAUCAGAAGACUCUGAGAAAAAUCUUGACAAGGAUACUGGUGCAAAUGUUGCUUUGACAUCAGAAAUUGCAAACAAUUCCGAAGAUAGGCGCUCAACGUAUUUUUCAGCAUUUGACCUCGAUGAUUUGAGGAAGAGCCUGCCAUUUGUCCCAAAACAGAGGAAAGGCAGCCACCAUCAACAGAAAGAAGCCGUGUCAGUGAAAGAAGAGAAUACAGCAACAGAAGAAGAAAAUGUAUCUGAAUCAGAAGGAAAUGUAUCAGAUGAAAUUUUAUAUCCGCUGGCUACAAAAUGGCAAGGAAGUUUUUUGGAGAAGAAAUCUGAGCAUACAAAGGACACUGUCAUUAAACAGGAGGAGUUUUCAACAAAAAGAGAACCUGGAUCUUCUGAAAAAAGUAUUCCUGAAGGAAUGAAAUCACCACAAACUUUGAAAACACAGAUGAUUGCAUUACAGAAUAGGAUACUAAAAACUAAGGGUAUUUUGAAGUCGACUAACAUAACAACAUUGCCUGAUCGCGGUGUAAGACUUCAGAUGUCGCUAACUAAGGAUGAAAAUGAACUAAAGAAACUGAGAAAUGAUCUUCAAAUCAGUGAAGAAUGGCAUGCAAAAAGUGAUAAAGCUGUAGUGAUAUCAGCUAAGGACAAAAUUAAACAAGAGUGGGGAAAGGAGCUUCAUGAUGUGGGCAAUAUGAGACCUCUAGAACCAAAGAAUUUCAAUUCCAUGACUGGAACAAAAGCAUCAGAAUAUGAAGUCAGUGGCAGACUUCUUACAGUUGAUGCCUUAGAGCAACUGCAUAAAUCACUAGAAACUCGACCGGCUGACAAUAUUUUUGAAGACGACCCAAAAGGAUUGAAAAGUAGUUACAAACUUAUGGCUCACCAGAAGCAUGCUCUUGCUUGGCUCCGCUGGAGAGAACGUCAAAAGCCUCGUGGUGGUAUCCUUGCUGAUGACAUGGGCUUGGGUAAAACACUUACAAUGAUCAGCCUGAUUUUGAAGAGUCUUGAGGAAGAUGAACGUGACAGCUCUGAUAGCGAGAAUUCUGAUGACUCCCAGGCCGAAGAAGAAUGGAUGCAAAGCAAAGACAGAAGAUGGGAAAAUGGUGGCACGUUGGUUGUGUGUCCUGCCAGUUUAGUGAACCAGUGGGAAAGUGAAAUAAAAUCAAAAUGCAAGAGUGAUAUUCUUAAAGUUGUAGUGCAUCAUGGAUCUUCACGGGAAAAGAGUGCUAGAAGGUUAUCAAAAUUUGAUGUUGUCAUAACGACUUACAGUAUUGUAAGAAAUGAAGCUGGAUUUGUCAAUGCACGAGACAGUGACAUCUGUGAGAGCAAAAAAGCAGCAUUGCAUAAAAUCCGGUGGAAUAGGAUCAUAUUAGAUGAAGGACAUGUCAUUCGUAACCAUAAAAACAAAACUUCAGUUGCUGUGAGUGAGCUCAGAGGAAGGCAUCGCUGGGUGCUCACAGGGACACCUCUACAUAACAAAGAACUAGAUGUUUAUGCACUUCUCAAAUUCCUUCGCUGCUCACCGUUUGAUGAAAUAUCGGUGUGGCGCCGUUGGGUUGACAACAAAAACGCAUCUGGCUUGCAUAGGCUAAAUGCAAUCAUGAAUGCCAUAAUGCUGCGCCGGACAAAGGAUCAACUGCAGAGGGUGGGUUCACUGCAGUGUCUUCCAGAGAAAAAUGUUCACAUCAUAACAGUGAAACUCAGUGAAGAGGAAUUUGCAGUUUAUGAAACUGUUCUGAACUACUCAAAGACACUUUUUGCUCAGUUUUUGCACCAGAGAGCUGAAAAAGAAGAGCAAAAUUCAAAUGGAUCUCUCUUACCUUUUCUGCACACCACCUCGGGUAAAAAGUCUGCUCUGAAUGUUGAAAACACUGGAGUAAGCAAGGAGCUGGCUACAAUGUACAAUCACAUGAAUAAUAUACAGGAUGUGAAAACAUUUCAGAUAUUGGUGUUGCUUCUCCGUUUGAGACAGUUAUGUUGCCAUCCAGGACUGAUCAAGGCUAUGCUGGAAGAAGAUGCAAAGGAAGCAGAUGGUAUUGAGGAUGAUUCUGGCAUUGAUCAGGAUAUGCUCUCAAAGUUGAGCAACUUGAGUCUAACAGAAGCAAAUACUGAAGAUGCCAUCACCAAUAGUGAUGCCAAUGAAAUAGAAAAAAAAGUACUUGUUGAAAGUAAUCCUGUAUUUGAUCUGAAGAGAUGCAGUUCAAAAAUGCAAGCAGUUUUUGAUAAGUUAUCUGAAACUGUUUUGGGCACAGAAGACAAAGCUGUUAUCAUUUCUCAGUGGACAAGCAUGCUGGAAAUAUUAGCAGAACACUUGCAGGAAAUGGGUGUCAGAUACACAAUGCUAAGUGGCUCGGUGCCAGUCAAAGAUAGGGGUGACAUUAUUGACAAGUUCAAUAGACCUGACAAAGGACCAAAGGUUAUGCUUCUGUCAUUGACUGCUGGGGGAGUUGGCUUAAAUCUGGUUGGUGCAAACCACCUCUUUCUCUUCGACGUUCAUUGGAACCCUCAACUUGAAGCACAAGCUUGUGACAGGGUGUAUCGUGUUGGCCAAAAGAAACCUGUUCACAUAUACAAGUUCUUUUGUGAGGAAACAAUAGAAGCAAGAAUAAAGAAAAUGCAAGAUAAUAAAUUAGCACUAGCAUCCGAAGUGUUAACGGGUGCCAAACAAAGGCGCAAAGAAAAAUUGUCACUGGAUGACCUUCGAGUGCUGUUUGGCUUUUGACUUGGUGAAUGUUCCUUUCUUUUUUGUUGAUAUUGUAUCAUAACCAUAGACAACAAACAAGAUCUCACUAUGGAAUUAAGAUUUUGAAUAUGAACAGUCACCUGUGAAGAGUGAUAUGUAUUAAGUUCUAUACAAAAGAAAUCUCAUUGUGUUGUCACUUCUAUUUACUAUCUCUUUUUCUCUGAUUGCUGUUUUAUUCAUCAAUCAAAUUGACAUAUUUUAUGUAAUUUGAAUGAUACAUAUUGUAUAUAUUGUAAAAAAAGCUGUCUAAUUUUAAUAUUAAAAAAUCUGUGAUUUUU